UUUACUGAUCCAUCAAUCAACAACCAGCAUAAGGUAAGAUUUCGUUCAAUAUCUUUACAUUUUAAAAUAUUAGAAUCCUCUACAACCUCCACUAUGGGAGAAGGAAUCAUAAUUUUUGGCCUCUGGUACUUGGCAAUCGCAUACAACUACUAUAUUGUGAAUUCAGACAGGAACAAACCAGAUGACAAAGAAGCGAACAAAAAUUACGAACCAACGUAUGUACAGCCCCUAAGAACUGUUAGAGAUGAUAAGAAAAAAAUCGAACUAACUAAGGACCCUCCAGCUGUAGACCAAAUAGAAGCUAAAGCAAGAGUAUUAGAAGAACCAGUAAAAAUCGAGCCAAUUGUUGAAACUAUUGUAGAACCAAUGAUGGAUCCCAAAGAUGAAGACGACUCCGCCGGAGAGUUUAUGCAUGAGGAAAUUGAGGAAGAUUAAAUUUUAGAAAAUAAAAUACGUUACUUUAUGCUAGACAUGGCAUAUUUUGUACUCAAAAUUUGUCGUGAUAAGUAUCCAAUAUCUAUAGGCUCUAAAAUAUCUACCACAUUUAAAUAUGCUUCGAAAGUUACGUUCACGAAACUAAGUUACCGAUGUAACAUUAAUUUGCGUAAAUUUUUUAUAUUGGUUUAUCGGGUUUUAUUGAUCUAUGGCGAACCAGAGUUUUUAUAAGUAGGUAUAUUAAGGUCUUCCGGCGUUUUCUUUUCUAAUAAUGUAAUUUUAAAUCACUAAAUAGUGAUGAGCUCUUACGUAAAAGAUACACCUCGAUAUAUUUUAAUUGUUUCUACAUUUUGUAUUUACGGAGGUAUGUAUUAAUAGUUUUAUAGAAAUAUAUUGUAUUUUUAACUAUUGCACGUUG